AUGCCCGCGGGCGUCUGCACGUUCUGCGAGCUCUCCGUGCCCCUCGUCGCGCGCCUCGCGGAGGCCCUGGGCCUGCCCGGCCCGUCGUCCAAGGCCGUGGACACGGCCCGCGACAAGCACAAGACGCGCGGCGCGAUGCGCGCCGCGGGUCUACCGUCGCCCGAGUGCUUCAAGGUCGAGUGCGCGGACGACCUCGCCGCCGCGGCCCAAAAGGUCGGCUUCCCGGCGGUGCUCAAGCCCCUCAACGGCGCCGCGAGCCUCGGCGUCAAGAAGGUCGCGUCGGAAAACGAGCUGAAGCGGUCCUACGACGAGGUCCGCAAGGAGAUGGACGAGACCGUCGACUUCCUCUUCGAGGAGUACCUCGACGGGCCCGAGGUCGACGUCGACGUCGUCAUGGCCCGGGGGCGGCCCGCGUACGCCAAGGUCGUCGACAACGGGCCCACCGCGGAGCCGUACUUCGCGGAGACCUGGGGCCUCUGCCCGUCCCUGCUGAAAGAGGCGGACCAGGCGGCCCUGGAGCAAUUGGCCGUGGACGCGCUCGCCGCCUGCGGCUUCGAGGUCGGCGUCUUCCACGUGGAGUGCAAGCUCACGAGCCGCGGGCCGCGUUUGAUCGAGAUCAACGCGCGCAUGGGCGGCGGCCAGGUCCGCAAGACGCACCUGCUCUGCUCCGGCGUCGACCUCGUCGAGGAGACGCUCUUCACGGCCGUGGGCAUCCCCUGCAACCCCCACGUCGUCCCGGGCAAGGCCGUCGCCUACACGUACGUCACGUCGCCCGAGAGCGGCGUCGCGGCGGGCGUCGCGGCGCAGGCCGCGGCCCUCGCGGCGUCCGACCCCCUCGUCGUCUACGCCAAGCCCCUCGUCGCCGACGGCGCGGCCGUCGUCGGCGCCAACGACGCGCUCCCGGACUGGAUCCUCGACGUCAUGACGACGCACGACGACCCCAAGGCCGCGCUCGACCACGUCCUCGGCCUCGCGACGACGCUCGACAUGGCCAAGCUCGUCAUCCACUAG